AUGUCAACAACUAACAACAAUAAUAGUCAAAAGACAGCCGAGCCUGCUUUGACUUCACCUUCUCAAAUUUCCUCCUCCGUGGAGCAAGUCCCUGGGAAUAAUUCUCCAAAAACACGUGACUCCACUCCCUAUUUACCAAAUGCACCAAUCGUUGAAACGAUUGAUGAAAUGGAAAUAGAAGUUACCAAUAAUAAUGACACACAACAACUUUCAGAAGGAUCUAAUCCAUCACCAAUGGAGGAAAUCCCCAUGAUCGACAACAUAUUUUCAGCCUCAAACACACAAGUACAAACUUCUUUUGAAGGGUUUAUCCCACGAGAUAGUUUUCCACCAAAACUCACAGACAAAGAAAUUCUACAAAAACUUAACACCAUCUUUGUCAGAGACAAAGACUUUAUCAAAGUCAGAUCUUUGAAAAAAAUGAUGUUCAAAUUUUAUAUGAUAUCUGUGUCGACUAAGGAGAAAUUGUCACACCUUAUCAAAACAUCACCUCCAACCCUUCCUAAUGUUAAAAUUUAUGAAUAUACACAACAAAAUAUAGAUACCCUAAUUGAACGCAAACUCCAAUUACAAGAUGACACCAUCAUCAAAAUAUUAGAUAUCCCUAUCAAUUACGAUGCCACGUUACUGAUAAAACAAAUAACUGACGCAACGGGAAAAAGAAUCACAACUUACAAAGAAAUUAAAAAACCACCUCAAAAAAUCCAAAACUGA